AUGGAUCACGUUCAUGUUAGAGCGAAGUCGAUGGCGAGAAGUAACUCGACUAAAAUGGCGUGUGAAAAGGCAACGAGACGGCUGAGAGCGACGCUGUGUAAAGCGACGCGGCUCGGUGUCUCAAGCGCUGAGGUCGCCGGAUUACCGUCGGCCAAGAGACUCAUACCACAGAGGGAUCAUGGCUGGAGAUUGGCCAUAUUCAUGGUACUCAUGUUUGGGGGUGGAGUUGUUGUUGCUCUUGUGUGUAUGGCGAAAAAUGGAUGCACGAGGAUCGAAGAUAUCAAUUUGGCGACCUAGCCACUAGCCAAUCCCCCGGGAUACGAUGACAUCGAGGAAACCAUUGCCGAUACUGAAAUUA